GGCGGUGGCGGCGACCGUCAGUUUUCGCUGAGGAGAAGCACGGAACAGACCCGUUGGUUCUCCCCCCUCCCUUUCCCCGCCCUAAACCCCCCGCCUGACUCGCUGGGAAUUAAUCCCCGUGGAGUUUCUCCUCCACCCCUCCGCCUUGUCCUCGGCCCAGUGGAAGUCACUGCCCUCGAGGAGGAGGCAGCAGCAGCCGCCUUCGCCUCGCCGCCCCCGGUUCGGUGCCCGCUGUCCCGGAGAGGAGGUGCCGCCGCCACCGCCGCUCCUCCCCUCCCGUUGCCCUCGGGCCGGGCUGGGUUGAGCUGCGAUGCCCUCGGACUUCAUCUCAUUGCUCAGCGCGGACCUAGACCUGGAAUCGCCCAAGUCCCUGUACUCGCGAGAUUCUCUGAAGUUACACCCAUCACAGAAUUUUCAUAGAGCUGGACUAUUGGAAGAAUCUGUCUAUGAUCUUCUCCCAAAGGAGUUACAGUUACCUCCAUCUAGAGAAACAUCUGUAGCAUCAAUGAGUCAGACAAGUGGUGGUGAGGCAGGCUCGCCUCCUCCAGCUGUAGUUGCUGCUGAUGCUUCUUCAGCUCCCUCCUCUUCCUCCAUGGGCGGUGCUUGCAGCUCCUUUACCACCUCUUCCAGCCCUACCAUUUAUUCUACCUCAGUCACCGACAGCAAGGCUAUGCAAGUGGAGAGCUGCUCCUCAGCCUUGGGGGUAAGUAACAGAGGGGUAAGUGAAAAGCAGUUAACCAGUAACACAGCCCAGCAGCAUCCAUCAACACCGAAGAGACACACAGUCUUGUACAUCUCACCACCACCUGAGGACUUGCUGGAUAACAGUCGGAUGUCCUGCCAGGAUGAGGGGUGUGGAUUGGAAUCUGAGCAGAGCUGCAGUAUGUGGAUGGAGGAUUCCCCCUCCAACUUCAGUAACAUGAGCACCAGUUCCUACAAUGAUAACACUGAGGUACCUCGUAAAUCACGAAAACGAAAUCCAAAGCAGAGGCCGGGGUUAAAACGACGAGAUUGUGAAGAAUCUAAUAUGGAUAUAUUUGAUGCCGACAGUGCCAAGGCACCUCACUAUGUGCUUUCUCAGCUUACCACGGACAGCAAAGGCAACUCAAAAGCAGGAAAUGGAACAAUGGAAAACCAAAAAGGAGCUGGAGUAAAGAAGAGCCCUAUGUUGUGUGGGCAGUAUCCUGUUAAAAGUGAGGGAAAGGAGCUGAAGAUAGUUGUACAACCUGAGACCCAGCACAGAGCUCGUUAUCUGACUGAGGGCAGCCGUGGCUCAGUAAAAGAUAGAACACAGCAAGGCUUCCCUACAGUAAAGCUGGAAGGCCAUAAUGAACCAGUAGUGUUGCAAGUAUUUGUUGGUAAUGACUCUGGUCGAGUAAAACCACAUGGAUUUUAUCAGGCCUGCAGGGUAACUGGGCGAAAUACAACUCCCUGCAAAGAAGUGGACAUUGAAGGCACUACUGUUAGUAAGUUGGUUCUUGAUCCUAGCAACAACAUGACACUGGCGGUGGACUGUGUGGGGAUAUUGAAAUUGAGGAAUGCUGAUGUUGAAGCCAGAAUAGGAAUUGCUGGUUCCAAGAAAAAAAGCACUCGUGCCAGAUUGGUUUUUCGAGUUAAUAUUACAAGGAAAGAUGGUUCUACUUUGACACUGCAAACACCCUCUUCUCCAAUUUUAUGUACUCAGCCAGCAGGAGUGCCAGAAAUCUUAAAGAAAAGUUUGCAUAGCUGUUCAGUGAAAGGAGAGGAAGAAGUGUUUUUAAUUGGCAAGAACUUUCUAAAAGGAACUAAAGUAAUUUUCCAAGAAAAUGUUUCUGAUGAAAACUCUUGGAAGUCAGAAGCUGAAAUCGACAUGGAAUUAUUUCAUCAGAAUCAUCUUAUUGUGAAGGUUCCCCCAUACCAUGACCAACAUAUAACUUUGCCUGUAUCAGUGGGAAUAUAUGUAGUGACCAAUGCUGGAAGAUCUCAUGAUGUUCAACCGUUCACUUACACUCCAGACCCAGCAGCAGCCAGUGCUUUGAAUGUAAAUGUGAAGAAGGAAAUAUCUAGUCUGGCAAGACCUUGUUCUUUUGAAGAGGCCAUGAAAGCCAUGAAAACUACUGGAUGUAACUUAGAUAAGGUAAAUAUUCUUCCUAAUGCCUUGAUCACUCCACUCAUAUCAAGCAGUAUGAUUAAAAGUGAAGAUGUUACUCCAAUGGAAGUAACAGCAGAAAAAAGAUCUUCCCCUAUUUUUAAGACUACAAAGACAGUUGGAUCAACUCAGCAAACAUUAGAAAAUAUCUCUAACAUAGCAGGAAAUGGGUCUUUUUCAGUGUCAUCAUCUUCCCACUUACCUUCUGAAAAUGAAAAGCAGCAGCAGAUUCAGCCCAAGGCAUUCAAUCCAGAGACCUUGGCAACUAUCCAAACACAGGACCUUUCUCAGCCUGGUACCUUUGCAGCAGUUUCUGCUUCUAGUCAGCUUCCCAAUAGUGAUGCACUACUACAACAGGCCACACAGUUUCAGACAAGAGAAACUCAGUCUAGAGAGGUGUUACAGUCAGAUGGUACAAUGGUUAAUUUGUCACAACUGACUGAGGCAUCACAGCAACAACAGCAGUCACCAUUACAAGAACAAGCACAGACUUUACAACAGCAGAUUUCAUCAAAUAUUUUUCCAUCUCCAAAUAGUGUGAGUCAGCUACAAAAUACUAUUCAGCAGUUGCAAGCAGGAAGUUUUACAGGCAGUAGUGCCAGUGGCAGCAGUGGAAAUGUUGAUUUAGUACAACAGGUUUUAGAGGCACAACAACAGUUAUCUUCAGUUUUAUUUUCUACUCCAGAUGGAAAUGAGAAUGUUCAAGAACAGCUUAGUGCAGACAUUUUUCAACAAGUCAGUCAAAUUCAGAAUAGCGUAAGCCCUGGAAUGUUUUCCUCAACAGAGCCAGCAGUCCAUACCAGACCAGAUAAUUUAAUACCUGGAAGAGCUGAAAAUGUUCAUUCACAGACUGAAAACACAUUAUCUAAUCAGCAACAGCAACAACAGCAACAGCAAGUGAUGGAAUCAUCAGCUGCAAUGGUGAUAGAGAUGCAACAGAGUAUCUGCCAGGCAGCUGCCCAGAUUCAAUCAGAGUUAUUUCCUUCAACUGCUUCAGCAAAUGGAAACCUUCAACAAUCUCCAGUUUACCAGCAGACUUCUCACAUGAUGAGUGCAUUAUCUACCAAUGAGGACAUGCAAAUGCAAUGUGAAUUGUUUUCUUCUCCUCCUGCAGUUUCUGGAAAUGAAACUUCUACAACCACCACACAACAGGUUGCAACCCCUGGCACUACCAUGUUUCAGACAUCAGGUUCAGGAGAUGGAGAAGAAACUGGAGCACAAGCAAAACAGAUUCAGAACAGUGUCUUUCAGACCAUGGUCCAAAUGCAACAUAGUGGAGACAAUCAACCUCAAGUUAACCUUUUUUCAUCCACAAAAAGUAUGAUGAGUGUUCAGAAUAGUGGUACCCAGCAACAAGGUAACGGUUUAUUUCAACAAGGUAAUGAGAUGAUGUCACUUCAAUCUGGAAAUUUUUUGCAGCAGCCUUCUCAUUCACAGGCUCAACUUUUUCAUCCUCAAAAUCCUAUUGCUGAUGCUCAGAACCUUUCCCAAGAAACUCAAGGUUCUAUUUUUCAUAGUUCAAGUCCUAUUGUCCACAGUCAGACUUCUACAACCUCCUCUGAACAAAUGCAGCCUCCAAUGUUUCAUUCGCAGAGUACCAUCGCUGUGCUCCAGGGCUCUUCUGUUCCUCAAGACCAGCAAUCAACCAACAUAUUUCUUUCCCAGAGUCCUAUGAAUAAUCUUCAAACUAACACAGUAGCUCAAGAAGAACAGAUUUCAUUUUUUGCAGCACAGAACUCAAUUUCUCCACUUCAGUCAACAUCAAACACUGAGCAGCAAGCUGCUUUCCAACAGCAAGCUCCAAUAUCACACAUCCAGACCCCUAUGCUUUCCCAAGAACAGGCACAACCCUCCCAGCAGGGUUUAUUCCAGCCUCAGGUGUCCCUGGGCUCCCUUCCACCUAAUCCAAUGCCUCAAAACCAACAAGGAACAAUCUUUCAGUCACAGCACUCAAUAGUUGCCAUCCAGAGUAACUCUCAAUCCCAGGAGCAGCAGCAACAGCAGCAGCAGCAACAGCAACAACAGCAGAGCAUUUUAUUCAGUAAUCAGAAUACCCUGGCUACAAUGGCAUCUCAAAAGCAGCCACCACCCAACAUGAUAUUCAACCCAAAUCAAAAUCCAAUGUCUAGUCAGGAGCAACAAAACCAGUCUAUUUUUCACCAACAAAAUAAUAUGGCCCCAAUGAAUCAAGAGCAGCAGCCCAUGCAAUUUCAGAAUCAGCCCACAGUUUCCUCACUUCAGAACCCAGGUUCGACCCAGUCUGAAUCACCACAGACCUUGUUCCAUUCCUCUCCUCAGAUUCAGUUGGUCCAAGGGUCACCUAGUUCUCAAGAGCAGCAAGUAACACUCUUCCUUUCUCCAGCAUCCAUGUCUGCAUUGCAGACCAGUAUAAACCAACAAGACAUGCAACAAUCUCCUCUUUAUUCCCCUCAGAACAACAUGCCUGGAAUCCAAGCGGCCACUUCUUCACCUCAACCACAGGCUACUUUAUUUCACAGCACUGCAGGAGGCACAAUGAACCAACUACAAAAUUCUCCUGGCUCAUCUCAGCAGACUUCAGGAAUGUUCUUAUUUGGCAUUCAAAAUAACUGUAGUCAGCUUUUAACCUCUGGACCAGCUACAUUGCCAGAUCAGCUGAUGGCUAUAAGUCAACCAGGCCAGCCACAAAAUGAGGGCCAGCCACCUGUGACAACACUUUUGUCUCAGCAAAUACCAGAGAAUUCUCCACUGGCAUCCUCUAUAAACACCAACCAGAACAUUGAAAAGAUCGAUUUGCUUGUUUCAUUGCAAAACCAAGGGAACAACUUGACUGGCUCCUUUUAAUUGGAUACAAAUUCCGUGAAGAAAAUCCCAAUUCUAAGAUAUCCUGAGAUGUUGUGGUUCCAUGAGGAUUAUUGAACUGUUACUUUAAAACAAAAUGAAAUAUGAAAAACUGUGUUUCAAUAAAUGAAUAGAUUUUACUCUGACUGCAGAAGAGCACACCUAUUGCAGUGAUUAGCCACCAAUGUUAACAUCUUCAUAUUUUAUAUUCUAGUAACAGUGGUGACUGAGAAUCAAUUUGAGUUUUCAGCUGACAGAAUUAAUUGUUAUUUUCUUAGGCACUAUUUCCUUAAAAAUACAGUUUAAAUUCAAGGCUGGACCACUCAGUCAUUAUUGCUAUUAGAAAAUAAUUCAUAUUGUUAUGUUUACUUUUGUUCUUCAUUAUUUUCUUUUCUGCAUUGUUUUAGUCAAGUAAUGACUUUUGAAAAAGUAAAGUUCAAAUAAUAACUAAAGCUGUGAUUUUCAGUGUACAAAGCACAGCUAUUGGCCAAAGUGAAGGAAUCUUAUUUUUAGUUUUUAUGGAGAGACUGAAGGGGUAACAUUCUUUAUUAACAUAAAGGCAGACAACACAGUUACAAAACUGGGGACAGUUGGAAUGCUAUUGAGUUUAUUUUUCAGAGUUGUUAAAUUUCUGUGUUUCUAUUAGAGGUUUAGCCAUAACUGUGCAUAGAAAAAUAAUUAUCUUGCUCUAUAAAAAAAUGAAGGGGAUAAUAUAUGGUAAAUUAUGUUCUGACAUCUUCUGUAGUAGUUUAAACUGACAGUUAUUUGAGUCUGUUUUCCUCUUAACCCUGACUUAGAUAGGUUUUCUCUUUUUGUAUUCAUCCAUGUUAUUCUUCCCUUUUUAUUUUAUCUUAAACAAUUAUUAAUAUACUACUGGCUUUAUGACCCUGUAGCAACUUAAAGGAAAAAGGCCACGUUUAUCUAGGGUGACCUAGGAACUCCUCCAGAACACAUCAGGAGAGUACCCUUUGAGUAAUUGAUUGGGAGUUGAUUCCUGAGAAACAUUGCAUUUUUAUUUUUCCAUUAACGGUGCUGUUCUGAAGUCUUCAAAUUUUUCCCUCUAAUAGGAAACUAUACUUUUUAAUUAGAAAAAAACAAAACUAAAAUUUCUUGAAACAUCACUUCUCCCUGAGCUGCAGUAAGUAAAAUUCACUUGUCACCUCAGUGCUUUACAGUUUGAAAUGGUCACUUAUCUGAUGGUUCCCACGAGCCUUAGACUUUACAGGGUCAUACUGUUGAAGAAUUAAUUUGUAUUCCAUCUAUAAAGAGCAAAAUAAUACACUCCAGAACUUGCAGUUGUAGCAUUAGUUAUACAGUUUGGGUGUUCUUGCCACCCAUGGGAUGCCUGCUUCUCACUACAACCUGUUAUCUGGAUAUGUGCUUAUUUCUUAUUUUCCUUUUGGCAUGUAGAAAACUGUUAAAACAGCUUAAGGCCAAACUGUGUGUGGCUUUUACAAGUUGAGGAACUGAUUUGGUUUCCUUGUAUCUUUUUUAAGUGUAUAAAAAAACCUGUUGAUUGUUUGUUGAAAGCUACCUGUUUUUUGUUGUUUUUUGUGUUUUUUGUUUUUUUUUUUAAUUUGUUUCUGUCUUAUACAGUUAGUUGAACUGUGUGGAAUUGUGUUGGUUUUGUUUAUACAGCCAGAUCCCACCCCACCCCCACCCCCUUUUUGUGAUGGUCUUCCUUGGUUCUUUGAAUGUGCUCUUCUUCUAAUGUGUUUUUUAUCUUUAUUAUCAUAUAUUCUUCCCUCCACCCAGCCCUUUCUUUCUUUCUCUCUCUGACUGAGAGGCAUUUAAUUACGUUUUCAGUAGUACAGGCUUCUUGCCGAUAUGAAGGGAACUUUUCAGAAAGAGACCUACUCUGGGUCAUUUAAUUUUGAAUACAGUUUUCAAUCGUUCAAGUUUUGGAUGGUUUAUAUCUAAUGUGUGUUUCAUUUUUUUGGAAAGCUAUAUUUUGUAUUUAGGAAAUGGUAUACUAUUUUGCUAUUUGUACUAAGUGAGUACAUUGGCAUAAAUAUAGAAAUUUAUAUAUAUACAUAUAUAUAAACUAUUCUUUUUUUGCCACACAUUUUUGUGGUAAAUUUGUGAGUUUGUCUGAUGUUCUACCACAACGUGGCGUCUGAUAACAGUGGGGGGAGGGGGGUUGUUUUGUCUUUAUCACGUAUUUAAGAAUCUUUAAAAAAAAAUGACCUGUUCAUCUAUGGCCAUUCUAUCAAGCAGUACCUUGUUACCUUGAUGUUAUUAGUGGGCUAAAGGCAGCAUACUGUAUGUUUGCUGGUUUCUCAACUCAGCAAAAUGUUAGAGUAAGGAAACCUAUCUAGGCAGUUGUGUCAAAUGGUGUUCACAAGAAUGAGCCAUUCAGUCUUUGCUCGCUGUAUAUUUAAUAUUUUAUUAUUGUUAUUGUUAUUAUUAAUUGGCUUUCUGUAUCUAUGCCUUUUAUUUAUAAAGACAAUAAAAAAAAAAAACCAUGUUUGUAAUUUUAAUAACAUUUUCCCCAUCUUGUAAUAUCCAAAUCUACUUCAUAAAUUCUCUGAACCAAAAGCAUUUUCUUCAAUAUAUCUCUUCUCCCCCUACCCCUAUCAGGAAAAAUUAUCCAGUAUAGUUCAGGUUAUGAGAAGGAUCAGCCACACAAUCCAGUGUUUCAGCUUUGAAAGGUGAAAACUCCAACUUUAGAGGGUUGCUUGUAGUGUCAGAGAAAGCAAGAAGUAGAAAUAAAACACUCCGAGUUUUCUGAAUUUUUUACUAAGAGACCACACAGAGACUCAGGAAAUCUUAUUUGUUCACCAAGUUCCAAUUAGAAUGUUUGUUAACUGUACUUUGGAUGAAGUAUGGGCAGAAGACUGGCUUGUGUCCUGACUUCUGUUGUUUAACAAGAGGUUUAUCAUUGUAAAAUGUGGAUUGCCAAUGCCAAGUCACCAGGGACCAAUUUUCUGUUUUAUAAUACCUAAGUUUAGAACAGAACAUAUACCUGAACUGUAGUGGUUUGUUUGGAUGAAGGCAGAAAACCCAAUUUUUAUUUUCAUAAAUUUUGUGGUUCUUUAUACAAGGACUGUUCUAUGCUACUAUGUUCUUAUUAAAUAAUGAUGGCCUUUUUGUUUUAUUUUGUUUUGUUUUGUUUUUACAUUGAUAAAUGUUCGUUACCCUUAAAGGCCAAUGUUCAGUACAGCAUUCUGAAUAUAUGAUUGGUUACAGAAAGCAUUUGUCUUCUUGUUGAAGAACUUGGGAAUUAGCUCAGUGGUUGAUACUUGUGUUAAUAAUGCAGUUCCCAGAAUACUGUUACAAGAUAUAGCUGCAUGUGGAAGAGACUCAAAGAGCCAGAAAGGCUUUGGAAACAAUAGUUUAUUAGAUUUAUUUUAUGGCAGAAGGACCUAAAUAAACUGUGAACCACGUUUUAUUUCUUUAUAUUAUAUUCAAUUGUUCUUGCUUUCAGCAACUCACAAUGCUUGGAGCUUAUCUCUUUGUCUCUGUGAAUGUGUGUGUGUGUGUGUGUGUGUGUGUGUGUGUUUUAUUCCUUAUUGUCAUUCCAUUACAUAUCCAUACCAACAUAGGAGAAAAUAAUUUGAAGUCGUAUUUUGCCUUUGAGCUUUAUCGUGUUAACCUUUGUAAUUACAGUAUCAUGUUCUUUAGCCAAUGCAUAUUUGUUCUAGCCAGUCUCCCUAGGACAGGUUUUUAAAGGGCUUUGUUUAUUGUAGAAGCAGUAUUAAUAAGGAGUUUUCCUUGCUUUCUUGCUUGCUUGCUUGUUUGCUUGCUUGCUUGCUUUUUUGUAAUAUUUAUAUGCUGUAGUAAGGAAGUGAUGUUUAAACCAUUGUUUUAGAAAAGUGAAAUGUCAGAAGCAUCAACAAAUAAAGACCAGAUAAAAUGCUUUCAUAAUGAAAAUCACAAAUUCAGUGUGGUUUAUAAAUAUUCACUAGGAGGACUCAGAGACUUUUUCAUUUUUCUUGUGAAAAUUUCUGUUCGCUUAUCUGUUUCCCAGUUAUUUUUUUCUAAUCACUAAAAAGUAUGUGGGUCCUAUUAGCCUUAUACUGCUUCAUGACCAGAGGCUUCACCCCUAACCGAGACAGCAAUCUCAUAUCUACAUGGAGGGACUUAAUGAAAGGGAGACACUGCAUAGUUCAGAAGAUUUACUAGAAAAAUAGCUCAGAAUAUAUACUUAGUAAGUGGGUUAGUAGAAUCUUAUAACAUGUAUUAAAAAAAGAGGUUUUCUUUGCUGCCUGUUUGGUCACUAAAACUAAAUUGUGGAGAUAAUGUUCAUAAUGUAGAAUAAUCAGAAUAACUAAAAUAUUAUUUGUAAAUUGUCCCAGUGCUCUAAUUACUUCUUUAAUCCCCAUUUAUUUUCAUGCCAUGCUAGUUUCAUUUAUUAAUAAUAUUUUUUCUCCACUUUCUCUUUCAUGAAAAAUUUUUAAUUGCUAUUUUAUUUCUAGAUUAAGUGGUUAUGGAAAAGUGACUUUUUACUUUGGUAGUGCUCAUUUCUUAAAAUUUUGUUUUUCACUAUUGCCAGAAAUUGUAAACUAGUGGUUUUAAUAGGUCUCAACUUUUAUUUUUUCCAUUUUAGCAAUUCCUUUUUCCAUUCUUUGAUCACUACAGAAAACUUCCUAAGCCUCUAACUCCCUUUAACAUAACAAAUUAGAUGCAUUAUUAGAAUUAUUCCUUUGAGGGAGGAUAAGUAGGAGGUUACAGAAUUAUACUGUUUUGGCUUAUAUAAAUUAACUAUACAUUUGUUUUCAUCUAGACCAAGUAAUGAUAGGUCUUAAAUGAAUGCUACAUAUCUGUGAGACUCCAUGCACACAAAGGUGUGUAGUUAAAUUUCAGGAAGGAAGUGUUUAAAACAUCUGCUCUGAUCUUAAUUCGAUGAAUGAAAAUAAGUCACUAAAACAUAGUUUAGGCAAAGCCUGGUAAUGUCAAUUUUUUCUAACUAGAUAUGGUCAAGUAAUUCUUUAUGGUGGACUUCUUAGCCCAUCAGAACCUCAGUUAAUCUACUUAGGAAAAAUCGUGUCACAGGAAAUGAGGAAGAAGUUACAUCUGAGUUCCUCUAGAACUAAGUUAAUUAUUCCUUUCAACCAGAUACAGUUAAUUGAGUAUCCCUCUGUUUUUUUUUAAUUAAUUUUGCCUGUGUUCCAGCUCCUUAAAACAAGUGGUAGUACCUAAAUAAAGAGCCAUUGGCAACAGGUCAAGAUGGUAGUAACUUCGGGAUAGAGCUGCUUUCCCCAUGUGAGUAUUUCCAUGACUGUUAGUGACACUGAAGACUGCAGACCUUUAUGCAGUAUUCUUAAUACACAAUUGAUAUUCUGCACUUUAUUCAUUCCAAAGAAGCCAAGAAUGCUGUAUAAUGAUGAUUCCUUCUUAAUAAAUACACCUUAAUUAUUUAGAAUACUUAUGUUCCUUUUUAUUUUGGAUAGCUAACUUGGUAUGAGUGUUACGUGGAUAUUUUCUAAAAUGACACUAUAAUAGGAGUUUAAGCCUUUGAAAUGUAAUUGACUAUAAGGGGAACUUAUUACACUCCAGCAAAUCAUUUUAGAAACAUAUGUUUGAGAGUUAAUUAAAACCAGCCCUCUUCCUUAUAUUUUCCAUGUCAUGUACUAAGAACCUUAUAAUACAUAGUUUUCUGCAAAUAUAUUUUUGUAUAAACCAAUGAUUCUCAAAGUAUGGCCCAGCAGCCAGCAUCACUGUCACCUGGGAACUAGUUAGAAAUGCAAAUUCUGGGGUCUAUUCUCAGACAUACUAAAUCACUGUUGGAAGUGGGGUCUGGCAAUCUGUGUUUUAACAAGCCCACCAAGUGAUUCUGAUGCACGUUUAAGCUUGAGAACCACUAAUGUAACCUCUCAUAUAGUAAGAUCUAGAAAGUUUUUUUUCCACUCAUACAAAUACAGUUAUACAUUGUUCUUUAUGUACAUUCAACAUAACCUGGUUAUUCAUUAUCAUUUAUUGGCAAUGAUAAUUUGUUCUCAGUACUGCCUACAGAAAUAUAGUAUAUCUUAUGUACAUAUAUAAUUAGUCUAAUUAUUGAUAUUCAGUUUAUUUAGUUUGGCAUUUUCCUACCACUUACUUAAAAGUUUACCUUAAAUAACAGAUUAAUAUACAAAGGUAUAUGUAUAUUUCUAUAUUUCUAUAUAUGUAAUGUUCUAUAUUUCUUUUAAUUGUUAUUACAUUUAAGUAGCUAAUAUAAUUGAUGGGUGCUAAAGUCUCCUGUUUAUCCAUAAAAUGGGUACAUUGUGGGCAGUGAUAAUAUACAAGCUUUUCAUUGCCCCUUACUUUACCAGCAGACCACAAUUUUGCUCUGGCUAGACCAACCUUCAGAACAAAAUUAUUUGUCAUUCCCCACAUUUAUAUUUGUAUCUGAGAUAAUAAGCAAGAUAACUGGCCAGAUCAACAGAGCACCUUAUUUAAUUUCCUUUUUUCAAUAAGUAAAACUUCUUUAAAAGUAGAUUGCUUCGUGUAAGAAUAAAUGCAGUAGAGAUAUAGCUAUCUUUGGUAGCUUAUGCUCCUGACAAAAGUUAUUCCCUAAAAUAAGUAUUAAACAAAAUAAUGCAUUAUAUAAUUUUGGUGUUUCUCCCUUCUCAACUGUAUGCAUCAUGGUAAGUUAAAUACAAGUUUAGUAGAUAUGUACAUUCAUUUUAGCCUCCCUGUGUAAUUUCAAUACUUCCAUAAUUGUUUUAAUCUUCGCCCCACUGUUUACAAAUCAUCAGUUAGUUAAUUCAUUAAAGAAAAAUUCACAUUUCAGAAUGAAAGUAUCUUAAAUGAAAAGUCAUUUUAUAAAAAUCAUCACUGCUAUCUUUGCUUAUUACUAGCUGUGGAAAUAUAAGCGGGUUACUCUACAAGCUUUGGUGCUGGCAAAAGUAUGUAGGCAAACUGUUGGGAGAUGCUCUAGUUACAGUCCUCCUUUCUUGUUCCCUUUCUCCCUUCCCCACUUUAUUGCAUAAUUUCUGUACCCAAAGCAUUCUACCACAACUCUAUUUGACUAUAACUUGUAAUACCUCCUUAAUAAGCCCCAUGUUUAACCAUAAAUCUUGAUCCCUCUGCUCUCUUCUCUCGUUUUUUUUUGUUUUUUUUCCAUAAGUCAUUUGCCUGGUAUGAAAUAUUUUGUCAAGAUUGCUUAUUAUUAUUAUUUCUUUAGCUAAUAAACCUCAGGACAACAUACAUACACACAGUCUCAGAUGUUUGAGAGUUGGUUUGGAAUCAGACUUCUAUGUCCAACAAAGAACUGUCCUGCACUGAAGUUUUUAUACUUCAGUAGCUACAGUGAACUUGAUUCCAGUGAACUUGAGCUAAUUUCUUUUGAUCUGAUAAAUGUAUCGUCUCAUCUUGUUCUCUUACUCCUAGUUGAUAAGCUCCAAGUAGUUGCUACUUUUUUGACAACUUUUAUUGUUUCAUUCACUUCUUUUACUCAGUUUUUUAAGUAAGUAUACUACAAGUAUUUCAUUAACCUAUUCUCAAGUGGUUUAGUUAUCAUUCUGCCAUUUAAAUUUUUUAUUUAAUUUUCUUUUCUUGAGCUUACUUAUCAACCACUGAACUGCCUUCUUCCAUUGUCCUGCAGUGAUGUAAGGGUUACAUUUUUGUGUGUAUGGCUUUCAUAGUUGAGAUUUCAGAGCACUGAUACCAGAUGUUUUCAGUUUCUUCUCCGGGGGGAUUUCAUUUGCAUCUAUGUUUUUAGCUAUCUGUGAUAACUUGUUAAAUAUUAAAAAGAUAUUUUGCUUCUAUUGGAACAUUUGUAUACUCGCAACUAUAUUUCUGUAAACAGCUGCAGUCAAAAUAAAAUAUUGAAAGUUUUCA